UCUUUUAGGAUAUUCCCUUUUAAUUUUGUUUCCUCAAAGUUCUCAAAACCUGGACUUAAAAGGAACCUACUUGUUCAUCUUGGUUUUUUUCAGCUUUGCUUUAUUCAUUCAUAAAAACUCUUGAGGCCUUAGCUUCUUCACAUUCAUAUAUUUAUUCCAUUCAUUCAUGUAAGAAUUAAUUAAUACUAACAAUGUUGGCGUGAUCAUAUAUUAUUGUGAUGUGUUAUACAGUUUCAUCAUUCAUUUGAUAACAAUCAAGGCUCACUAUUUAUUAAUCUUGCAGAUAUAUACACAUAGAUAUUAUUCAUAUUGCUGUCAUUGUAAGAAAGAAGAGAAGAGAAAGAAUAUAUUUGUUAUAAUAAUAAUUAUUAUCAUCAGAAGAAGAAUGAGCUUCAGAGUAAGAGAAUCACAAAAGGAAUUGGGGUCUCCAAGGGGAGAGAUUGGAGAGAUAGAUACAAGGGCUCCAUUCCAAUCUGUGAAAGCUGCUGUUACUUUAUUUGGUGAGGUAGCAGUUCCAAAAUCUUCUUCUAUCAAGAGGAAAUCCUCUGAGAAUGUACUGGAAAAGGAGACACAACUUCUGUUGGCUCAAAGAGAACUAAACAUGAUAAAGAAACAGCUUGGCAGUGCUGAGAAUACAAAAUCUAAAGCACUUGCUGAGCUUGAGAGAGCCAAUGUGACACUUCAGGACUUGACAAAGAAGCUCAUCAGUGUCAGAGAAUCUAAGGAGACGGCAAUAGAGGCAGCCGAAGUCGUGAAGAACAAGGCCAAAAUACUCGAGGAACAACUGUCCCAGAAAGCUAUAGGAUAUGAAGCUUGGAAAAGAGAACUAGAGCAAGCAAGAAAGGAGUAUCAAACAACUGUGAAGGAACUAGAUGCUUCCAAGCAAGAACUCAACCAGAUAAGGCAAGACUUCGAUGCAGCUUUGGAGGCAAAGUUGGCUGCAUUCCAAACUGCAGGGGAAGCUCAACGCUCCACGAAGAUGAACUUGGAAAAAGUCAAUGAAAUGUCAAAUGAAAUCGCAAACAUGAAGGCAUCAAUUGAACAGCUGAAGCUUCAAACUCUAAAAGCACAAGAAGAACAGGUACAGGUCAUGCAGGAAAGGGAAAGCCAACUAAGCUAUUACAUAACCGCAAAGGAAGAUGCGCAGGCAAAGUUGACGGCCUUAAAGGCUGAAUAUGACCCUGAACUAACAGCAAGCCUAGAGGUGAAACUGGCCGAAACAAGUGCAGAGAUUCAGCUUCUUCAGGAGCAGAUGAGGGAGGCACAUGCUUCUGAAAUGGAAUCUGUGAGACAAAUGACUGAUGAGAUUAAACAAGCUACAAAGAUGCUGCAUGAAGUUGUUGCAGAAGAAAAUUCCCUGAGAGAAUUAGUUGCUUCUCUUAGGACAGAAUUAGAACAAGUGAAGAGAGACCAAGAAGAACUUAAGGAGAAGCAACAGGCGGCAGAAGCUCUUGCUGCCAGCCUCACCAGUGAACUACAAACUAUCAAGGAAGAGGCAGGGCCUGACCCUGGUUCUGUGGAGGAAGUUGAUCUCACUCAAGAGAUGAGUUUGAAGAUUCAGGAGCUAGCAUUGGAGACAGAAAGUGCAAAAAGGGAAGAAGAAGAAUUGAGAGUACAAACCGAAGAGCUGAAGCGAGAAGCUGAAAAAGCUCAGGCCAUGGCUGAAGAAUUAGGGAGAAAGCUGGAGGAUGCCCUUAGAGAGGCUGAAGAAUCAAAAGCAGCAGAACGGAAAGCGAUUCAGGAAAUGAAAACAUUGUCUGAUAUGCGAGGGAGAGUCUCCGAUGCAGAUUCUAAUUCUAAUGCUAAUGCUAAUGCUAAUAGCAAGAUUGUAUUAUCAGUCAAGGAGUUUGCAGCUUUGAGUGGAAAGAUCAAGGAAUCCGAAGAUUUGAUUGAGAGGACAGAAGCAGCUGCACAUGCUCAGGUGGAAGCAAUCAAUGCAAGGAAAAGAGAAGUGGACAAGAAAGUAGAAGCUAACCUGAAAGCAAUUGAAGAAAUUAAGGCUGCAACAGAUAUGGCUCUUAGGAAUGCAGAGAUGGCAGAUUCUGCGAAAGAAGCAGUUGAAGAUGAGCUAAGAAGGUGGCGUGAAGAACAAAACAGCGAUAUGGACUAUGCAGAAAAUUCUGCAAGAUCAAUCUCCUUGCACAUCUAGAAGGCUAUAGAAAGUCAAAGAUCAGAUAUUUAGAUGGUGUUCAAUCUAUAAUCAAAAGGAGCAAAAGGGAACCAUAUUGGUUGUAGCAUUUCAAAUUUUGUCCUUUCUCUUUUGGAUU